AUGCCGACUGUCGUUCAGAUCAACCUGAAGCGCAGCUCCCACGCUUCAGCUAAUCUGGGGGUCCUUCUCCGGGAGAAGGACAUCGACAUCGGCCUCAUACAAGAGUCAUGGACAAGGGACGGACGAAUCUCUGGCAUUGCCAUAAAAGGGUACACAACAUUGUACACAUCAGUGAUGGCGCUUUGGUAUAACAACUCUAUUUACGGUUUACUUGAAAAUACUUCAACAUUUUGGUCAGAAGUGAAGCGGUAUCGGGAUUCUGCAGGCAACCCCUAUGAGGACGUGGUGAAUUUUGCUCUCAGCCUGCUUUCAUUGCCAUGGUCAAAUGCUGAAGUAGAGAGAGAUUUUAGCCAAGUAAACUUGGUGAAAACCAAAAUUAGGAACCGAUUAGAGGUGGAUACAUUAAAUGCCAUUUUGGCAAUCAGAUUCGGAUUGCGUCACCAUAAGUUAUGCUGUCAUAAUUAUAACUUGCCUGAGAAGUACCUCCAAUUAAUUGGCUCCAUGGCUACAUAUGAGGACAGCAAUGAUGAUGACGGGAAAAUAAUAGAAGAUGCCUUAAAACUAUUAUCUUAAUAAUAAAAAAUAAUAAUA